GAAGCGCACGAGAUGCUCACGCUUGUGACGACGACGGAGACCAAGGUCGAGGAUCAACAUCGGGAGCGCACCCACUGGGAGCCGUGGACCCUGGUGAGGCGGGACUUGGCGCUGGAGGGGUUUACCAACCCGAAAGACCAGCAGCUGGAGUUCCGUCGGCGGUGCAUGAGCCGUGAGUACACGGUGAAGCCCGACCCGCGGCGCCCAGGAGGGUACCUCAUCGCGGAGUACCAGGGCGAGAUCGACGACGCUGUGCUGACGAAGGGGACGACGGCGUCAUUGACGAAGAGCAGCUCGUCGAGCCUCACUGGUACGGAGCUGGACACGGCCUUGCAGAGCAUGGCGUCGAACGUUGGCGCUGCGUUGACGGCGGUCCAGGAGAGCCAGAGGGCGUCGCACGGCCAAGGGGAGGAUCGCGAUCACGUUGCUGUUCCUGAGGAUUUCCUGGAGAGCGUGUACAGAGGCACGCUGGACUGUGCCCCUCAGCUUCACGGCGCGCUCGGCAGCUUCAUCGAGGAUCAGACUACGAGGGCGGAGAAGGAGAAGGUCUUGGCCCACAUGGAGGCGCUCGAGGACAUCGAGGCAAAAAAUUUGGCCAAGGAUGCUGCGGCGGCCAAGGUGAAUCCAGUCACAGUCCGCCUCGGUACCUUGCAGCUGGCGGAUCGUCUUCAGAGUUCCUUGGUGAGCGCCUUGGAGAACCAGGUAUCGGAAGGAAUCAACGUGCUCGAAUACAUGAAAUCUAAGAUUUCAGCGACGGAUUUAGAUGGAGAGCCAUGGAAACCUUUCAAAGACAAGCUUGAGGCCCUCUCCACAGCCGCGCAGGAUGAGAUCAAUAAUGUCAAAGCCAGAAUCUCGAAGCUUUGUGCUCACAUCGAUUCGCCGGCUUGGGACUUGUCUGUCGCUGGUGUGAAAGAGGCCUUCAAGAAGAUCGCUGCCGAACAGAAAAAAGAUUGUUGCCACCAGGUCUUGACAGCGAAGAUGUUGCAGAAUUGUCGGUCUCUUCUCGCGAAGGCCGCCAGCGGCGGUGCCUCUUCCAAGAAACGCAAGGCUGGAGAGAGGGCAGAGAUUCUGGACAUUGGCGAGACGCAGGACUACCGCCCAGCGCUGACGAUGGUAAAAGCUACGAUCCACGACGCACCUGUAGGAGUGAUGAACUCGUUGUGCAACCUCGACUUCCAGAACGCUUGCCUCAUCGACGUCAAGGCCUCACUGGGUCCCCUGCUUUCCUCAGCUGACUGGAAGCCGCUGGCCAAAUGGUGCAAGGAAAAGGUGAUGUCCUGGGAGAGCGAUGGCGCGGCGCCCGCCUUUGGGGCAGUGUCUCAGCCUGGAAUCCUCAUGAUGCUGAGGGGGUUGGUGAAAGACGAGGCGAAUGGCCAGACUAUCUUCCGAAGCGCCUUCGUGCCGGUGACGCCGAAGGACCAGGCUCUCCACAAGCACAUCUUCGGAGUUCAAAUCUAUACGAUCCCAGCCGGGCACUGUUCUGCGGGCCCCUCCUCGUAUGGCCUCAGCGAGGUCAGGGUCGUCACUGGCGGAGAAGAAGUGGUGGUGGGCGUCAAGGCGAAGCAGGAGCACUCCCUGGCCGAGACCGUUGGCUUCUUGAAGAGCCUUCCUGGUGCAGGGCUCCUUCAGUUGGCGCGCGAGCAGGGCAACUUCGCCAUGGUCAUCCGCGAAGGUUCGUUGGCCGUCUUGCCCGCCGGCUUCGUGUACCUCACUUUUCGGCCUGUCCCGUGCCAGGGCAUGCGGUGGGGGUUCUGCGCGGGGUGGCAGGGCGAAUUGUCCACCUGUCGCAUGAGCGUGGCGAGCGUCAUGGAGGCGCACAGCGCCGUGAAGGGCUCGCCGUACGAGACUUGGUGGGACAAGCUCGCGGAGCUCGGCGAUCGGUGA